UCUGUCUUGUCACCUGAUCGAACCAGGAAGCAAAGAACAAGCCCUUCAAUCAGACAUCCCUGUAGUGAUCGACAGAGAAAGACUAACUAGAUCGAUAUCUAAGUUCAUUAAGUCACACAGCGACACCAUGGUUCAAUGUUUCCUGAUUCAUACCGUUCACCCGGUAAGCACUCUGGCGCCCGGGGAGAGCCGCGUGCUGUACUCCCGUGUGUUUGGACCGGAGGAGGGCGCGCUGACCGGGGCGGACAGUGAACUGGGACCGGAACAGAGGCGGCUUCUGCAAAAUGAGAAGGUAGCGGUGGUGGCGAGGCAGGUGCGUAGUGCGGUGACCCUGUAUCGUGAGGCCUCAGGCCGGGUGUUGGUGGAGACCGUACUGGGAGAGGAGCUGGUGGCUCUCCAAGAGGCUGACAGCGGGGUGCAGCGGCUGGGGAGGGGAGAGCCCUGGGCUGGGGAGAGGAGUGCUCUGUGGCUGGGGGUCCAGAGCCUAGCCUUCACCCUGGUCACUGAGCCCCAUGAGAACCUGCUUCUGGCUGAGGGGACCCUGAAGAACAUCACCAGACACUGUCUGGAACAUCUACGCAUGCUGGGGACGGGGAGCGAGGUCCUGUUGAAGAGUGACCGUAUCGAUGUCCUGCUCCACCGUCUAUUACCACACGGUCAACUGCUGUUCCUCAACCAUCGCUUCACCCAGAGUCUGGAGAAGGAGCUGGCUAAUUACAUGGCCCAAUGAGAGAGAAGGAGAGGAUGGCAUAUUAUGCCUAAAAGAAGGUCUGAAACAGCAAGAUGCCAUUUAAACUUUAAAGAAAAUAAAAAAUAGCUUGUUUUGAUUUAAUGUUGAAAACAUUUUUAUUACGCCGCUCUCUAAUGAACACUACCCUUGGAUAGCCUUGGAGAAUACACGAACCUUCCUCUUCUCUUCCUUGGGAUACCACAGGCUAACAGGAAGUGGGUUGAUACCCCGGGCUAACAGGAAGUGGGUUGAUACCACGGGCUAACAGGAAGUGGGUUGAUACCACGGGCUAACAGGAAGUGGGUUGAUACCACGGGCUAACAGGAAGUGGGUUGAUACCACGGGCUAACAGGAAGUGGGUUGAUACCACGGGCUAACAGGAAGUGGGUUGAUACCACGGGCUAACAGGAAGUGGUUGAUACCACGGGCUAACAGGAAGUGGGUUGAUACCACGGACUAACAGGAAGUGGGUUGAUACCACGGGCUAACAGGAAGUGGGUUGAUACCACGGGCUAACAGGAAGUGGGUUGAUACCACGGGCUAACAGGAAGUGGGUUGAUACCACGGGCUAACAGGAAGUGGGUUGAUACCACGGGCUAACAGGAAGUGUGUUGACCUGAGGUGUCCAGAACAGAAAGACACAACGAUCCAUCACACAGAGACUGUUAUUGUCACAAAGCUGCCUGAAGAGUCUGUCUGUCUGAACUGUCUGUCUGAACUGUCUGUCCUGUCCGAACUGUCUGUCUGAACUGUCUGAACUGUCUGUCUGAACUGUCUGUCUGAACUGUCUGUCUGAACUGUCUGUCUGAACUAUCUGUCUGAACUGUCUGUCUGAACUGUCUGUCUGAACUGUCUGUCUGAACUGUCUGUCUCUGUCUGUCUGUCUGUCUGAACUAACUGUCUGUCUGUCUGAACUAACUGUCUGUCUGUCUGAACUAACUGUCUGUCUGUCUGAACUAACUGUCUGUCUGUCUGAACUAACUGUCUGUCUGUCUGAACUAACUGUCUGUCUGAACUAACUGUCUGUCUGAACUAACUGUCUGAACUAACUGUCUGAACUAACUGUCUGUCUGUGUCUGUCUGUCUGUCUGUCUGUCUGUCUGUCUGUCUUGUCUGUCCUGUCUGUCCUGUCUGUCUUGUCUGUCUUGUCUGUCCUGUCUGUCCUGUCUGUCUUGUCUGUCUUGUCUGUCCUGUCUGAACUGCCUGAACUGCCUGACUGUGACCUUACCCAUCCAGGAGAUGGCAAAUUAACCUUUGUGGCAAAAAAACUAUAUUUGUUACAUGUGCUGAAUACAACAGGUGGAGGCCUUACUGUACAAUGCUGACUUACAAGCCUUUAACCAACAAUGCAGUUUUAAGAAAAAUAAUAGAUAAGAAAAUAUUUACUAAAGUAAGGAGUGGGAGGGGGGUCAAUGCAAAUAGUCUGGUAGCCAUUUGAUUAGCUGUUCAGCAGUCUGAUGGCUUGGGGGUGGAAGCUGUUCAGCAGUCUGAUGGCUUGGGGGUAGAAGCUGUUCAGCAGUCUGAUGGCUUGGGGGUAGAAGCUGUUCAGCAUUCUGAUGGCUUGGGGCAGAAGCUGUUCAGCAGUCUAAUGGCUUGGGGGUAGAAGCUGUUCAGCAGUCUGAUGGCUUGGUGGUGGAAGCUGUUCAGCAGUCUGAUGGCUUGGGGGUAGAAGCUGUUCAGCAGUCUGAUGGCUUGGGGGUAGAAGCUGUUCAGCAGUCUGAUGGCUUGGGGGUAGAAGCUGUUCAGCAGUCUGAUGGCUUGGGGGUAGAAGCUGUUCAGCAGUCUGAUGGCUUGGGGGUAGAAGCUGUUCAGCAGUCUGAUGGCUUGGGGGUAGAAGCUGUUCAGCAGUCUAAUGGCUUGGGGGUAGAAGCUGUUCAGCAGUCUGAUGGCUUGGGGGUGGAAGCUGUUCAGCAGUCUGAUGGUUUGGGGGUAGAAGCUGUUCAGCAGUCUAAUGGCUUGGGGUAGAAGCUGUUCAGUAGUCUAAUGGCUUGGGGGUAGAAGCUGUUCAGCAGUCUGAUGGCUUGGGGGUAGAAGCUGUUCAGCAGUCUAAUGGCUUGGGGGUAGAAGCUGUUCAGCAGUCUAAUGGCUUGGGGGUAGAAGCUGUUCAGCUGUCUGAUGGGGGUAGAAGCUGUUCAGCAGUCUAAUGGGGGUAGAAGCUGUUCAGCAGUCUAAUGGCUUGGGGGUAGAAGCUGUUCAGCAGUCUGAUGGGGGUAGAAGCUGUUCAGCAGUCUAAUGGCUUGGGGGUAGAAGCUGUUCAGCAGUCUAAUGGCUUGGGGUAGAAGCUGUUCAGCAGUCUAAUGGCUUGGGGGUAGAAGCUGUUCAGUAGUCUAAUGGCUUGGGGGUAGAAGCUGUUCAGCAGUCUGAUGGCUUGGGGGUAGAAGCUGUUCAGCAGUCUAAUGGCUUGGGGGUAGAAGCUGUUCAGCAGUCUAAUGGCUUGGGGGUAGAAGCUGUUCAGUAGUCUAAUGGUUUGGGGGUAGAAGCUGUUCAGCAGUCUAAUGGCUUGGGGGUAGAAGCUGUUCAGCAGUCUAAUGGUUUGGGGGUAGAAGCUGUUCAGCAGUCUAAUGGUUUGGGGGUAGAAGCUGUUCAGCAGUCUAAUGGGGGUAGAAGCUGUUCAGCAGUCUGAUGGCUUGGGGGUAGAAGCUGUUCAGCAGUCUGAUGGCUUGGGGGUAGAAGCUGUUCAGUAGUCUAAUGGCUUGGGGGUAGAAGCUGUUCAGUAGUCUAAUGGCUUGGGGGUAGAAGCUGUUCAGUAGUCUAAUGGCUUGGGGGUAGAAGCUGUUCAGCAGUCUGAUGGCUUGGGGGUAGAAGCUGUUCAGCAGUCUAAUGGCUUGGGGGUAGAAGCUGUUCAGCAGUCUGAUGGCUUGGGGGUAGAAGCUGUUCAGCAGUCUAAUGGCUUGGGGGUAGAAGCUGUUCAGCAGUCUAAUGGUUUGGGGGUAGAAGCUGUUCAGCAGUCUAAUGGCUUGGGGGUAGAAGCUGUUCAGCAGUCUGAUGGCUUGGGGGUAGAAGCUGUUCAGUAGUCUAAUGGCUUGGGGGUAGAAGCUGUUCAGCAGUCUAAUGGCUUGGGGGUAGAAGCUGUUCAGCAGUCUGAUGGCUUGGGGGUAGAAGCUGUUCAGUAGUCUAAUGGCUUGGGGGUAGAAGCUGUUCAGGAGUCUGAUGACUUGGGGGUAGAAGCUGUCUUUUGGUCCCAGACUUGGCGCUCCGGUAUCGCUUGCCGUGCGGUAGCAGAGAGAACAGUCUACGACUUGGAUGGCUGGAGUGUUUGACAGGUUUUUUUUAGGCUUUCCUCUGACACCGCCUGUGAUGUACCGGGGAACAGGGGGUUAGAUCUCUAGAGAUUGGUAGAUGUCUAUGCUGUUUAAGGUGAAAGAUGGAACAGAUUCUUGGUGCCCGUUUUUUGACAACAUGCCUUCAUUAAUUCACUCCCCCCACCCCUCCUAUCAUACUACAAUGGCUGACCCACUGUCUGUCUGAACUGUCUUCUGUCUGAACACUCUGUCUGAACUGUCUGUCUAUUUACUAAAGUAAGGGGGGUCAAUGCUAGCCAUUUGAUUAACUGUUCAGGAGACUUGUGACUUGUGGGUAGAAGCUGUUCAGGUUGCUGUACCUAUCCUACUACAAUGGCUGACCCACUGUCUGUCUGAACUCUCUUCUGUCUGUCUGAACUGUCUGUCUGAACUGUCUGUCUGAAAUAGUCUGGCUAGCCAUUUGAUUAACUGUUCAGGAGACUUGUGACUUGGGGGUAGAAGCUGUUCAGGUUGCUGUACCUAUCCUACUACAAUGGCUGACCCACUGUGAACCGACACGUGCACCGUGAUAAUGAAACAUAUUAUUCCGUAUAGCUUCUACUAUGUACAGUAGGGCCGCAUGUUGAACCGAUACCUGUAGUAGCGGACAUGCUGCCAGGUGCGCUACCGCGCGAAGAUAUUUAUAACUAACCCAAGAUCAUUAACAUGCGAGCAAAUGAAGCAUAGUGGGCAGAGCCAAGCACGAACUAGUGAGAUCCUAUUGGCACGUUCUAGCAUGUAUUUGCAUAUAUUUCCGUUGGGGAACGCCUUCUCUGUGAAGUACGCGUAUGCAAUAGCCUAAUUUGCCUUUCCUUGUAAACAAACGCAUUUCUUUUUCAUUUUUUAAAAUAAUUGUCGCGGUAACUAGUCUUCAACUGUUUUAAGCUAAAAAAAAAUGCCUUUCAAACUGUAAAACAUGCAGACAGAUCUGGAAUAAGUUGCUUUUCGCUUUUCUUUUUUUUCUCCAUUUCAACUUUUUGAACUGUACCUGUUGUUCAUUAAAAGCUCCACAGGGAAGUCUUUGGAUCCGUCUCUGCUGUUGACCUGUUUAAAGCUCCCAACACCAACUUUGACACGUACAGAGCCUUCACAAAGGGGUUCACACCUCUUUACUUUUUCCAACAUUUUUGUUGUGUUACAGCUUCAAUUUAAAAUGUAUUACAUUUGAGAUUUUUGUGUCACUGAUCUACACAAAAUACCCAAUGAUGUCAAAGUGUAAUUUUGUUUUUUAAAAGUUUUUUACAAAUUAAUUAAAAGUGAAAAGGUGAAAUGUC